AACAAAACCGUCCCUCCAUCCAAAAACCAAUUAGUCAUCGCAGUCGCGUUGGCUUGGCUGGCUCUGUCUCUUCACCAAAACACGCCUCUUUACGACUCUCUCUCUCUCUCUCCGCUCCCUCUCUUUGCUUAGCUCAGAAGCUCAAUUUCCAUGGCCUAAUUGCUUUUGGCGAAUAAAUUUGAAUUACAGUUUUUACCCUCCUUGGAUCGGUCACCUGUUUGCUCCUUGGAGCCCUAAUUUUGGAGCUGGUUCAGCUGAUUGAUCUGUGAUCUGUUUGGUGGACUGAUGGCUUCGGCGAAGACGGCUCGGUCCAGAGGCACGCCGGUCAAAGAGAACGGCGUCAAGCUCGAGGAAGGCCUCAAUGUCUUCAAGUCUGAUAAGUUCGAUUCCCAAGGCUAUGUUCAGUCACGAUGCUCUCUCAACGAGAAGGAAAUAAGACAAUUAUGUUCAUAUCUUUUGGACUUAAAGAGAGCUUCUGCCGAGGAAAUGCGUAGAAGUGUCUAUGCUAACUACACGGCAUUCAUACGCACUUCCAAAGAGAUAUCAGAUUUGGAGGGGGAGCUUUCUUCUAUCAGAAACCUGCUAUCUACUCAAGCUGCUUUGAUUCAUGGUCUAGCUGAAGGAGUUAAUAUUGGUUCCUUAUCUGUUUCUGAAGGUUCUACUGCAAAUGGUGUAUUAAUUUCUGAAGAUAAAGAACCUUCAGACCUGGAAAAGUGGUUAGUAGAAUUUCCUGAUCUCUUGGAUGUUCUGUUGGCUGAGAGGAGAGUAGAUGAAGCUUUAGAUGCCUUGGAUGAAGGUGAACGUGUGGCUGCUGAAGCAAAACAACUGAAGCUGUUGGAUCCAGCUUUACUAAUGUCUCUGCAGAAUUCUAUUGUCGAGCGCAGGCAAAGGUUAGCUGAUCAGCUUGCCGAGGCUGCUUGCCAGCCUUCGACCCGCGGUGGUGAACUUCGUGCAGCUAUAUCAGCACUUAAAAGGCUUGGGGAUGGCCCUCGUGCACACAGUUUGCUGCUCAGUGCUCAUUUCCAAAGAUAUCAGUAUAAUAUGCAAAGCCUUCGUCCAUCGAGCACCUCAUAUGGAGGAGCAUAUACUGCUGCACUCUCACAGAUGGUGUUCUCUGCUAUUGCUCAAGCUGCCAGUGAUUCCUCGGCUAUAUUUGGUAAGGAAACAGAUUACACUUCCGAGCUUGUGAUGUGGGCAAUAAAGCAAACUGAGGCUUUUGCCCUCCUCAUUAAAAGGCAUGCAUUAGCUUCAUCAGCAGCUGCUGGGGGAUUAAGAGCUGCCGCAGAGUGUGUUCAAAUAGCAUUAGGUCAUUGUUCCUUGUUGGAAGCUCGUGGUUUGGCACUUUGUCCUGUGCUUUUGAAACUCUUUAGGCCUAGUGUUGAACAAGCACUAGACGCUAAUUUAAAACGAAUUGAAGAAAGCACUGCUGCCCUAGCUGCUGCUGAUGACUGGGUUCUUACAUAUGCUCCAACAGCUACACGGCAAUCUGGCAGGCCUUCAAGUACAUCCCUUAAUACAACAGCAUUCCAACAUAAACUCACAAGUAGUGCACAUCGAUUCAAUUUGAUGGUCCAGGAUUUCUUUGAGGAUGUAGGACCAUUGCUCAGUAUGCAAUUGGGUGGUCAGACAUUGGAAGGUUUGCUCCAAGUUUUUAAUUCAUAUGUGAACAUGCUCAUAAAAGCAUUACCGGGUUCAAUGGAGGAAGAAGCAAACUUUGAAGGUUCUGGGAAUAAAAUUGUUCGUAUCGCUGAGAAUGAAGCUCAACAGAUUGCUUUGCUGGCGAAUGCAUCAUUAUUAGCAGAUGAGCUACUUCCACGUGCAGCCAUGAAGCUGUCUCCACUGAAUCAGGUUGCAUACAGGGAUGAUCUUCGUAGAAGAUCAUCAGAUAGGCAAAACCGGCAUCCUGAGCAAAGGGAGUGGAAGAGGCGACUGGGCAGCUCAGUUGAUAGAUUAAAAGAUAGUUUUUGUCGUCAGCAUGCUCUAGAUCUCAUUUUCACAGAGGAUGGUGAUAGCCAUCUUUCUGCUGAUAUGUACAUAAACAUGGAUGGGAAUGCGGAUGAGGUUGAGUGGUUUCCAUCCCUAAUAUUCCAGGAACUUUUUGUUAAACUAAACAGAAUGGCCAGUAUAGCAGCAGAAAUGUUUGUAGGCAGGGAAAGAUUUGCUACAUUGCUAUUAAUGAGACUGACAGAAACUGUCAUAUUGUGGCUUUCGGAAGACCAGACCUUCUGGGAUGAUAUUGAGGAUGGGCCAAGGCCUUUAGGCCCUCUUGGCUUACAACAAUUCUAUCUGGAUAUGAAGUUUGUCAUAUGCUUUGCUUCACAAGGUCGUUACCUAUCUCGAAAUUUGAAUCGAGUUGUAAAUGAGAUCAUAUCGAAAGCCAUGACAGCAUUUUCUGCAACAGGCAUGGAUCCCAAUAGUGUGCUUCCGGAAGAUGACUGGUUCAAUGAAGUGUGUCAAGAUGCAAUAGAAAGAUUGAGUGGAAGACCAAAAGCCGCAAACGGGGACCGGGAUCUUAACAGCCCAACUGCUUCUGUUUCAGCACAAUCAAUCUCGUCUGUUAGAUCUCAUGGGAGUUCCUGAGGCAGUGAGUUUCAUCCCUGUAAAUUAAAUAGGAAACCAUCCUUGUGUCCUUAGAAGUAUUUUUUCCCUCCAAUAUAAUUUUUGUCGACCAUGAUCCUUUUUGUCAUCUUCUUUUUCUAGUGUAAGGCCCUACAUUUCUGUAGGAUGAUAUUUGGUGUCAUAAUUAUGGGUAGUAAUUCUUUUUGAAUAAUUGAGUUUGUAUAGUUGUUGAUCGCAAUUGUUUGAUUUUAAAUACAAGUUUGUAUAAUUCUUUGACCAGUGUGGGAUGGAGUCUAUUGAUGUCCAAUCAUCACUUGAUUUCAUGUGA